UGUCCAUUUGAAGUGUCCACAUUUCUUGGUUCUGGAGUAGCCUACACCAUUUGCCUCAUCUGUGAGUGGACAAGCGCAUAUGUAUCGAAAUAUAAUUGUGGUGCUUUUCGUGUCACUUUCCCUGAUUCUGAGCUCCCGGGAUUUGGGGCUCGCAACAGACGGUUUGAUCCAUCUGAAAAAUGUUGCGGGGAAGCUCAGCUUCAUUCAGAGAGAAGGGAAUGCGACUUACGUGCGGGACAGGGAGCUGGCCUCGGAGGUUCCAACCGAGACCAAGUUCGAACUGUUCGAUCCAAGGAACACUUUACGCACUGCCAUAUUCACCUAUACCUGGGACUUUGGCAACCGGGAGGUGCUUGAGGGAUCGGAGCCGUAUGUGCACUAUAACUACUCGUCCUCUGGAAACUACACUCUGUGGCUGAGAGUGGGGGCCCAAGUGAGCAAAACCUCUAUUCCACUAACUGGGGUUUACACCAUGGACGUUACAGUGUUGGACCCCAUCAGAAAUAUUGAGUUGAAGGGCUCUUUGAGUUUCCAGGUUUCCAGAAACAACAGUCUGGCUAUUCAUGUGGAUGGAAGUCCUCCCAUGUGGGUGUGUUGGAGGUUCCUACAGAACUGUGUAUCAGCAACCCCUACAGGCUGUCACCUGACCAUGCUGUAUAAUAACACAUUGAGACUGAACCACACCUUCACGGCUUUAGGAGUCCACUGUCUGGACAUCAGCGCCCGCAACGGCAUCAGCAAACUGCAGACCUCCCACAGCAUCUUCGUGAGGAGAGAUCCCUCCAAUAACCUGCUCUUCAUCCUGCCGUGUGCUGGGAUCAUCUUGGCAAUCCUCACCUUCAUCACUGUUAUAGCCUGUCACCCUCAGAAGGGAAACAACAGCAAACAACAGAUGUCUGGGUACAGUAACGCCACUUACUCCAGCAUUAAAAUGGAACUGCAGCCCCAUCAGGACAUCCCUGAUAUCAGUAGUGAUCUGUAUGUAUCCAGGGCAGAGAAAGGAGAGGUCCAACCCCUUCUGUUACAGCAUGGGACCAGAUCUGUCGCCUACUCAUACUGAAACUAGUCUUCAUUUACACGCCUGUGAUUUGGGCUUUGUGCUGGUCUGAUUCAAGUCCAAUGCUAAUAGUUUGCUAAAAAUGUAUGGUUUGAGAUUAAUAUACAUGUAAUGUAACAUUGAACUAUAAAUUAUUUCAGUGAUGUAUACUGAACAAAAAUAUAAAUGCAACAUGCAGCAAUUUCAAUGAUAUUACUGAGUCAAUUGAAAUAAAUUCAUUAGGCCCUAAUCUAUGUAUUUCACAUGACUGGACAGGGGCACAGCCAU